AAUACAGGAGGAGAUCAACCACUGCUGCACUACAAGUAUGCUGUCCAUAAAGUUUCUUCUGCGCCUUUUUGGGGUACGAAAUUUCAAAUUACCAAAAAGGUUUUCGCCCUGUUUUAUAUAUAUAGCAAAGAUCACCAACAAUCCAGUACAACACACCCACAAAAACACACGUACACAUCCAAGGCAGGAUACAUAGGUGCUGAGCGCAGCAACACCACCCCUAGCACUACAAGAGCCACCGGGGGCCUCAACCGUGAACACGCCACCGCAAGGAGAAGAAGCUACAUACGACGCACCAUGGGCUCCAAGGCGGUGCCUACAAGAAGGUUACGACACCGAAGUGCCGCCACCGCCCGACCCAAGGAUCAGAGUUUCCUCCGGAGCAACACGACGGGCAGCGAGAGUCGUGGCAACGCCUUCAAGAAGGGUACGAGCUUCGCCGUCGCCGGUCAAUCCGAAGAUAGAACAGGUUUUCACCCCCGACCAAUAUUCACCGCCACCAAACGCCACACCCUGGCUACCACGCCGCCCACACGGCCAUGGCCACCAGGCAGCACCAAGUCACGGGCUUUGCCCAAAAGCACCGCGACACCACCACCAGGGCCGCCGCCCCAGCAUCUAGGACCUUGACGCCACCUCACCCGCCACCCACCGCUACCUCAACCAAAGAGAUGAAUGGAAAGGAACCGCCUUUCUCACUCCUGAGCAGUCCCCAGCGUCGAGACCCGAUAGACCGGCCAAAACUGGCCACCAUCGACCCGUCCUGCUGCCGGACGCGAGACGAGCUCGGUCCUACUGCCGGGCGCGAGACGAGUCAGGUCCUGCUGCCGGGCGCGAGACGAGUCCGAUCCUGCUGCCGGGCGCGAAACGAGUCCGGUCCUGCUGUCGGGCGCGAGACGAGCUCGGUCUUGCCGCCGGGCGCGAGACGGGCGAUGGGCGCCGCUGGGAGAGGGCCAACCCUUCGAUGAAGGUAGCGCCCGAACGACGGGGAGAGGAAUCGAAGGUCGCCAAGACCGCUCACCGACAAGCGGACGCCGAAGAAGUCCAGCCGCCGCCGUGAAAUGACCCAGACCACCGCCAUGGGCCACCACCACGCCGUGGCAGCCCACAUCCACAUCGGAACCCGAGGGGCAACCCCGAACCAUCACCACCACCCUCGCCGCCAACAGCCGCCGCACGCAAGGUCGGCCGAAGCCCACACCGCCGCCAGCGCCACCACCAGCACGAACCACCACCUCCACCACUGCGCCGCCACUCCACCUAUCACCGCAGAGAUGGCCGACCACGGCCCGAGCUGCCAACAGAGUCCGAGCCCGCGCUGCCCGCCAGAUGUGGCAGAAACGGGCACGCCACCACCGACGCCGCCGACCAAGC